UCCGGAUCCCUUCCUCCAAACGUCCCCCAGUGGUUUCCGUCCAUCUCGGUUCAUAGCUGCACGAAUCUAAGAUUUUUUUUUUAACUACUCAUAACUGCACAUAUUUAAGAGUUUUAGACUCAGUUACUUAUUUUACCAAAUCAUUUCUAACAUUAUCGUUAAACAUUAUUAUUUGUAGGUACGUUUGUACCGCCCGCACUAAAUGGUUCGACUCGAACGCAGCUACCUAAUAUAACCUUUCACCUAUAUACACUGCUUGUCAGUAGACGGUUGCAUGCACAGAGCAAAGAACUGUGCAAUUUCACAGGUAAUGCUGAGGAGUGUUUAUAGAAGCCUUAUGACGAAUCCUGUCAGCGGGCUUAGGAGAAUGUCCCAAAACAGUCUUGCUGGAAAAGUUGCCAUAGUGACAGCCUCCACAGAUGGAAUUGGUCUUGCUGCAGCUCAGGCACUUGGCCAUAGAGGAGCCCAUGUGGUAGUGAGCAGUAGGCGGCAGGCUAAUGUUGACAAGGCCGUGAGCCUGUUGCAGAGUGAGAACAUACAAGUCACUGGGACCACCUGUAAUGUCGGCAUCAGCGAGGACAGAGAGCGCUUAGUCAACAUGACAGUGGAAAAGUGUGGAGGGGUGGACAUCCUGGUUUCCAAUGCAGCUGUCAAUCCCUACUUUGGAAACAUCAUGGACUCCACAGAGGCAGUGUGGGAUAAGAUCCUUAGUGUGAACGUGAAGGCAGCUUUCCUCAUGACCAAGCUAGUGGUGCCUCACAUGGAGAAGAGGGGGGGCGGCAGUGUGGUGAUUGUGUCGUCUGUGGCUGCAUACCAGCCCAUGCAGGCCUUGGGUCCGUACAGCGUCAGUAAGACAGCACUGCUGGGACUGACCCGAGCCAUGGCUCCAGAACUGGCUCAGCUCAACAUCCGGGUCAACUGUGUGGCCCCCGGGGUCAUCAAGACCCGAUUCAGCUCUGCGUUGUGGCAGAAUGAAGACGUUGUGGACGAGUUCAAAAAGCAGCUCUGCAUUAAAAGGAUUGGAGAGCCAGAGGAGAUUGGCGGCGUGAUUGCUUUCCUGUGCUCCAAGGAGGCCUCCUACAUGACUGGGGAGACGGUCUCUGUGACAGGAGGAAUCAGCUGCAGGCUGUAAAACUGGACCUUCCAUGAUCAAGUCUUGAGAUAUAGACAAUUAAGACAUCUCAAGACAUGCUGCCAACAUAAUGUUCUUACUUGUCCAUCUAUAUGCAAGGAAAGCACCUAUUUCACAAAAUGCUUACUUCUUUUUGCUGAAUGGAAGCUAAAAAGGUCCACUGAUCAACAAUGAUUCAACAGUUUUCUUCGCACACAUUUUGUAAACAUGCUAUAAGUACAUACUUAUGACGUGCCUUAUAUAAAACACUUUUUACAUUCUAAGGAUUGACAGAGACGAGACAAGAUUUAUCAAGUGAUUCUAUAUGGAGAAAUGUACCAUUAGACAAAAUAUAGUUUCAAUUAAUUGUUGACAGAAGCUGAGGUAACAGAUUACAAUAGUAAAUGUCGAACGAAAAUGCUCUCAACUGUAAACUUUAAUUAAUGUAAAUACCCAAAUCACAGAAUUUGCUAUGUUAAUGUCAAACAUUGAAUUCAUAAUUUCUGUUUUCUCCAAUCAAAACUAUAAACAGAAAACUUCUAUA